AUGGGCUUGGUCAUGAAUAUCGCCCGCACCUCCAUGAUCCAUGCCCAUGUGCCCCAUUUUCUGUGGCCCUACGCGGUUUGCUGCGCCACCCACCAGCUGAACCUCUCGCCUCGUGUUUCACGACCAGGGGAUUCACCGACUAGUCUUUGGACUAGUCCCCUUGUGCUACAUCGGAGUUGCACGUCUGAGGCUGCGUUUGGUAUAUCCUUUGACGAGUCUGUGUCUUACUACACCCGGUACCUCUGUCAAGGUCUCCCAGUUCCUCCCCCUCCUCUUUUCCUCGCCCCCUCUCCUCCUCCUGUUCCCGCUCCUCCGGGGGUGUUGGGGAUGGAGGUGCUCGUUCAGGGGGUUCUUGUUUUGGGGGUGUUGGAGCUGGUGGUGCUGGCACUGGAGGUGCUGGAGCUGGAGGUUCUGGAGCUGGAGGUGCUAGAGCUGGUGAUACUGGAGCUGGAGGUGCUGGCACUAGAGGCUGCUUCUAGGCUUGUGCAAGGAGCAGGAGAGGUUGGCGCAGAAGAGGCAGGAGCUGCAGCAGCUAGACCAGCAGGAGCAGCAGUAGUGACAGCCGCAAUAGCAGCUGCAGCUGCAGCAGCAACAGCCGCCGCAGCAGCCCCUUUUGCAGUAGAUGUUCCCACCCAUGAGUGGCCUUCGGGCCCUUGGUCUUCCCUCUUCUACUCCUGUCUGCACACUCUCUCCUGCCUUCGGACCUCCUUUUCCAACUCCGAAUGCAUCACCUGCUGUUUCCUCUUCUCCUUGGUCCCCAUCUCCUCUCAUUGUCCCGCACUCCCGCAUCCGUCCCUUUCCCCCGCGUGCUCGUCCCUCGUCUUCCUUUGA